CGGGCCAGCCCGGCCGUCCCAUCGCAAGGUGCUUCGACGUCCAGACCACAGCAGCAGCAGCAGCAGCAGCAGCAGCAGCAGUCUCCUCAACCUCCAAAGUCGGCCACGCCUCCGCCGCCAAGAGCACCACCUUCGGCUGCUGGCCAUCUCAUAUCAGACAUGCCAAAGUCCAAGGCAAAGUCAAACCCAGUCUCGCGAACAUCAACGCCGGGGCCCAAGACAAAAAUCACCAUUGCCGGCGGCACAGCCAUGCACGGUGCUUCUACAGCCCUCACAGACCUCGACUCAGCCAUUCGCAAGCUCGAGAUGACCACAAAUCCCACGCAAGCGACUGACGAUGCCAGCAGGAGAUGCAACUGCGUCGCUGCGAGGCACCCCUUGCUCGCCGCAGCGCCAAACUGUAUGAGCUGCGGCAAAGUCAUCUGCGUCAAGGAAGGCCUCGGGCCAUGUACCUUUUGCGGCACCCCACUCCUGAGCUCGGCCGAGGUGCAGCUCAUGAUUCGCGAACUCAAAGCCGAGCGCGGGCGUGAGAAGAUGGCCGCAGACCGCGAGGCCCACCGCCGACCAGACGUCUCCAAGGCUCCUGCGCCCUUCACGCGACCCCGGGAAGGCGGCCCGCUCUCUGGCAGCAGCGACGCUGAGAAGCGCGCUCUAGAGAACAGAGACCGCCUGCUGACCUUCCAGGCACAGAACGCCCAGCGCACCACGGUCCGCGACGAGGCCGCAGACUUUGACGUCAGCGGCGUGCUCGCCGGGCAAGGGUACGGAGGAAACAUCUGGGCGAGCCCCGAGGACCGCGCGCGCGAGCUGAAGCGGCAGCAGAAGAUCAUGCGGGAGUUGGAGUGGAACGCACGGCCCGAAUAUGAGAAGCGGCAGCAGGUGCUCAGUAUCGAUCUCGUGGGCGGCAAGGUGGUACGCAAGAUGGCCGCCAUCGAGCGACCCAAGACACCAGACUCUGACGAAGAGCCGGCCGCUGGCACUGCUCUGGCCGAAACGUCGGGCAAUCGUGGAGCCGGCGCAGGGACUUUCAGCAGGAACCCGCUCCUCGGGGGGCUGAUCAAGCCCAUGCUCAAGCCUGUGCUCAAUAUCAACGAGGGCGGCGACGAGAAUGGCAAGGGCAAAGGUCUCGAGCUGGAAGGCCGCAAGGAUCGGGCGAAGCGGUGGCGCAGAGUGCAGGAUGACCUCGAUAACAACGAGGGCGUCAUCCUCGACGGGGGCGCGUACGGCGGGCAAGCGCCACGAGAAGACAUCAAGGGGAAUGCACUGGACGACGAGCCUGGGUGUGGGUAGAGUUUUGAGAAUAAUUCUUGAGAUUAUUCUACUUGUGUCUCUCUGAGUGAGGGAUACGCUCACUGCCAUUUUGCAAUGCCAUUCCUGGCCGCGUGACUUGUGUGAAGUACUCGCAUGGAGAUGCCUCCGUGCCAUCAACUACUAGCAAGCCAUGAACCAAUCAGUCAGAGCAGCAGUUCCAUUAUCACGAUACGAGCAUAUUAUGAAUAAGAGUCCACGAAACCUUG